AUGGGGAAAUGGGGCCUCAGAAAUGGCAUGCUUGCCCUGUGGGUCCAGUCCAAUGCCCUUGUACACCGGGCCAGUGAAGCCUCUAUUCACGCCACCAUCUCUUUCUGGAACAAGAAAGAGAGAACGAAGGCUGCUGCCUCUCAGCUGAGCAUAACCCCGAAGCGGCCCUGGAUGGCCGCCUUCUCCCUGCGUCUUCCCAUGGCCUUCCCGCUGCGCGUCCGUGUCUUAAUCCCCUCUACUUGCAAGGACACCAGUCCCUCCGGCCGCUCCCACCCGGCCAGCCCCAGCCCCCCGGGGCCGCAGGCCAGCCCAGUGCUGCCGGUCAGCUACCGCCUGUCGCGGACGCGGCUGGCCUUCUUCCUGCGGGACGCGCGGCCCCCACCUCCUGCGUUCGCCAACGGCUCCCUGCAGCGCUCCGAGCCCUUCGUCGUGUUCCAGACCAAGGAGCUGCCCGUCCUCAACGUCUCCCUGGGGCCCUUCAGCACCAGCCAGGUGGUGGCCCGGGAGCUGCUGCAGCCGUCCAGCACCCUGGACAUCCCCGAGCGCCUGACCGUCAACUGGAAGGUGCGGGCCUUCAUCGUCCGCGCCCGCGUGCCCGCCUCGCAGCCCGUGGCCCAGGUGCUGUUCUACGUGGCCGGCCGCGACUGGGACGACUUCGGCGUCACCGAGCGGCUGCCCUGUGUCCGCCUGCACGCCUUCCGGGACGCCCGGGAGGUCAAGAGCUCCUGCCGCCUCAGCGGGGGCCUGGCCACCUGCCUGGUGCGGGCCGAGCUGCCCUUGGCCUGGUUCGGGCCCCCGGCCCCCGCCGCGCCGCCCGCCGCCCGCCGCAAGUCUCCGGACGGGCUGGACCCCGAGGCCGCGGGGGAGAGUCAUCAGGCUGAGCUCUACUACACCCUCCACCCCCCGGACGCGUCGGGGGGCUGCGGGGGCGCCCGACGGGGGGCGGGGCCGGGGCCGAGCGCCCGCGCCGAGAGCCCCACCCAGCACCCACUGCUGCGCAUCGGGAGCAUCAGCCUGUUCCGCCCGCCCCCCAGGAGGACCCUGCAGGAGCACAGGCUGGACAGCAACCUGAUGAUCCGCCUGCCGGAUCGGCCCCUGAAGCCUGGGGAGGUGCUCAGCAUCCUCCUCUACCUCGCCCCCAACUCCUCCUCUCCCUCCAGCCCCAGUGUGGAGCAUUUCACACUCAGGGUGAAGGCCAAGAAGGGUGUGACCCUUCUGGGCACCAAGUCACGGAGUGGUCAGUGGCACGUGACCUCGGAGCUGCUGACUGGGGCAAAGCACUCAACAGCCACCGUGGAUGUGGCCUGGGCCCAGGGCACCCCGCUGCCCCCCUGGGAAGGCCAGGGGCCUCUGGAGAUCCUGCAGCUGGACUUUGAGAUGGAGAACUUCACCAGCCAGUCGGUCAAGCGGAGGAUCAUGUGGCACAUCGACUACCGCGGCCCCAGCGCCCGGCCUGACCUGGAGCGGGCGGUCACUGAGUUGACAGUCAUCCAGCGGGAUGUCCAAGCAAUCCUGCCCCUAGCCAUGGACACCGAGAUCAUCAACACGGCCAUCCUGACUGGCAGGACAGUGGCCAUCCCGGUCAAGGUCAUCGCCAUCGAGGUGACUGGCCUUGUCCUAGAUGUCUCUGCCUUGGUGGAAUGCAAAUCUGACAAUGAGGACAUCAUCAAGGUAUCCAGCAGCUGCGACUACGUGUUUGUGAGUGGAAAGGAGUCACGCGGGUCCAUGAAUGCCAGGGUCACCUUCCGCUAUGACAUCCUCAAUGCCCCCCUGGAAAUGACAGUCUGGGUCCCCAAGCUGCCCCUGCACAUUGAACUCUCGGAUGCACGCCUCAGCCAAGUGAAGGGCUGGAGGGUACCCAUCCUCCCCGACCGGAGGUCGGCCCGGGAGAGUGAGGACGAGGAGGAGGAGGAGGAGGAGCGGCGGCAGAGCGCCAGUCGAGGCUGCACCCUGCAGUACCAGCACGCCACCCUGCAGGUCUUCACCCAGUUCCACACGACGUCGUCCGAGGGCGCCGACCAGGUGGUCCCCAUGCUGGGCCCAGACUGGCUGGUGGAGGUCACCGACCUGGUCAGCGACUUCAUGCGGGUGGGGGACCCCCGAGUGGCACGCAUGGUGGACAGCAGCACGCUGGCUGGCCUGGAGCCGGGCACUACCCCCUUCAAGGUGGUGUCCCCACUGACAGAGUCUGUGCUUGGGGAGACGCUGCUAACAGUGACGGAGGAGAAGGUCAGCAUCACACAGCUGCAGGCCCAGGUGGUGGCCAGCCUCGCCCUCUCCCUGCGGCCCAGCCCAGGGAGCAGCCACACCAUCCUGGCCACCACGGCCGCCCAGCAGACCCUCAGCUUCCUCAAGCAGGAAGCCCUCCUGAGCCUCUGGCUCUCCUACAGUGAUGGCACCACCGCCCCCCUCUCCCUCUACAGCCCCCGGGACUACGGGCUGCUGGUGAGCAGCCUGGACGAGCGGGUGGCCACGGUGACCCAGGACCGGGCCUUCCCGCUGGUGGUGGCGGAGGCCGAGGGGGCAGGGGAACUGCUGCGGGCCGAGCUCACCAUCGCCGAGAGCUGCCAGAAAACCAAGCGCAAGAGUGUGCUGGCCACGACCCCCGUGGGUCUGCGGGUGCACUUUGGGCGGGACGAGGAGGACCCCACUUACGACUACCCGGGGCCCAGCCAGCCCGGCCCCGGUGGGGGCGGGGACGAGGCCCGGGGAGCCGGCCCACCGGGCACGGCGGUGCCGGCAGCCGAGGCCCCGGGCCCGGGCACCGCCAGCCCCGCCGUGCCGCCCACGGAAGACUUCCUGCCGCUGCCCACCGGCUUCCUGCAGAUGCCGCGCGGGCUGACGGACCUGGAGAUCGGCAUGUACGCGCUGCUGGGCGUCUUCUGCCUCGCCAUCCUCGUCUUCCUCAUCAACUGCAUCGUCUUCGUGCUGCGUUACCGGCACAAGCGCAUCCCGCCCGAGGGCCAGACCAGCAUGGACCACUCUCACCACUGGGUGUUCCUGGGCAACGGGCAGCCGCUGCGGGGGCAGGGGGAGCUGUCCCCGCCCGCGGGCAACCCGCUGGAGACCGUGCCCGCCUGCUGCCACGGCGACCACCCCAGCAGCGGCAGCUCGCAGAGCAGCGUGCAGAGCCAGGGGCACGGGCGGGGCGACGGCUCCUCGGGCGGCUCGGCCCGGGACCAGGCCGAGGACGCUGCCAGCUCGCCCACCUCCAAGCGCAAGCGGGUCAAGUUCACCACCUUCACCGCACUGCCCACGGAGGAGCUCGGCUAUGACUCAGUGCCCGCCGGCGAGGGGGAGGAGGACGACGAAGAGGACCUGGGUUGGGGCUGCCCAGACGUGGCGGGCGCCACGCGGCCCACCGCGCCCCCAGACCUGCACAAUUACAUGCGCAGAAUCAAAGAGGUGGCAUAG